UUGGGCCGUUAGUGCCUUUCACGUGAUUGUCCGCAAGUGGAAUAGUCUCGCCAUCUGUGCAGUUUUACCUCGUACAUCACUACACCAACCGUCGGUAUUAAGUCGGGACACUUCCGUCUACUCAGAUGUCCAUAGCUAUCGAGAGGGGCGGCGAGUUGCGGAGAUCGGCGGCGGAAGCGGGAGUCGCCCGACUAAAAUGAAAAGAGAACCGUAGCCGUCUGGCGAGUAGUGGUGAUAGCAGUUCCGGUACGGCAAAGGCGAGCGCGAUCCGGCGAUGAGCGCGGCGGAGUUCUUCGACAAAGCGGAAGUCGUGGUCAUUCCGAUGCCGCCCACGGACGGAGAGGCGGAAGGGGCGGCGCGCCCGCGGCCGCCGCUGUCCAACUUGGUGACGAGCACGACGACGACCGCGACGACGACGACGGACGACGACGAGAACAACAACACGGAGGCGGCCGUCGACGACGGGUACUCGCCGCUGCGGUCGCCCAUCGACUCGAUAGCCAGCUACGGCGACGACUCGCGCACGCUGCUCAACCCCGCGGUCUGGAACCGCGCCACGCCUGCCUCGCACCUCAGCAGCGCGCGCUCUGGCGCCUCCAGAAGGAGCCGCUACCGCAAGGUGCGUCGGCGAGUCGUGCUGAAGAGCGGCGAGUGCAAUGUGGUGCAGACGCACGUGGCGCAGCGCCGGCUGCGCUACAUGCAGGACAUCUUCACGACGCUGGUGGACACGCAGUGGCGCUGGACGCUGCUCGUCUUCGCGCUCGGCUUCAUCCUCAGCUGGCUGGCGUUCGCCGUCAUCUGGUGGCUGAUCGCCUUCACGCACGGCGACCUCGAGCCCGACCACCAGGAGGAGGACUCGGGGUGGCGGCCGUGCGUCGUCAACCUCAACAGCUUCGCCUCCUGCUUCCUGUUCAGCAUCGAGACGCAGCACACCAUCGGCUACGGGUCGCGCAGCACCACCGAGGAGUGCCCCGAGGCCAUCUUCGUCAUGUGCCUGCAAAGCAUCUGCGGCGUCAUGAUACAGGCCUUCAUGGUGGGUAUCGUGUUCGCCAAGAUGUCUCGGCCGAAGCAGCGGACGCAGACGCUGCUGUUCAGCCGGAACGCCGUCAUCUGCCUGCGGGACGGGCUGCUGGCGCUCAUGUUCCGCGUGGGCGACAUGCGCAAGUCGCACAUCAUCGGCGCGACGGUGCGCGCGCAGCUGAUCCGCACGCGGCGCACCAAGGAGGGCGAGGAGCUGGCGCAGUCGCAGUGGGAGCUCGACGUGGGCACCGACGACGGCGACAACAACCUCUUCUUCAUCUGGCCCAUGACGGUCAUCCACCGCAUCACCGAGACCAGCCCGCUGUACAGCCUCUCGGCCGCAGACCUGCUCGACACCAGAUCGGAGAGCCGGUUCGAGAUAGUCGUCAUCCUCGAGGGCACCAUCGAGUCCACGGGCCAGACGACCCAGGCGCGCUCUUCCUACCUGCCCACGGAGAUCCUCUGGGGCCACCGCUUCGAGCCCAUGGUCGCGUACAACAAGGAGCGCCAGGCGUACGAGGUCAACUACAGCCUCUUCAACAACACCCACACUGUAGACACGCCGCUGUGCAGUGCCAAAGACCUCGCCGAUUUCUAUCGCCUGCAGGAAUUCGCUCGAUCUCCCGAUAAUGCGUUGAGUGUGCCUAUGAAUCCUUCCCUUCGCCGGGUCACCAGUGAGCCUAAUACUGUGCACAGCCCUGCUGACAUCAGAGAACAGUUGCUUUCACUGUAGCAUACUUAGUUUGAACAAGCAUCAAGACUCAGUGACCUUGGAAGCAGUUUGUACUCUUCUCAGCAACAUUUACUACCAGACGAGCAAAGGAACAGUAAAACUGCAGUGGUGUGCUCACAGAAAACACCUUUAUUGGAUGUCCCAGACUCAAUAGAUAUUAACAACUUAUCUAUUGUAAACACACUUGAUGAAACUGUUGUCUGACAACAGUAGACAGAUUUUUUAUAGCAGAAAAUAAGGAUUUCUUAUGCCAAGAACUGAUGGACUACAUUAACAAGCCUUGAAAAUAACUGAUCUGAAAAAAGAAGUUUUGAACAAAUUUGUUUAAAUGAAACAUUCUACCUCUAAUUUAUUUGAAUGGAACACACUGUGCAAGGGCCGGCCAGAUUCACCUACUGCUCACAAUCACCCACAAGUUCACAAUCACCAUCAAGUUUUUGCACUUGAAAUUCAACAUUUUCUUUAUUAAAGAUGGUUUUAUUAAAUCCAAUGAAAGAGAAAAUAGUUUAAUAGUGACUCUUUCCAGAAGUAGCAGAAUUUGCUCCUUCAGAACUAGUCAUAAAUAAAAACUGAUUUCGAAAUUACAGAUUGUUUUACGCCAAUAGUUAACUUUUCUGGUGACCUUUUCUAAUGUGCUUAAAACUAUAGCUGUGACCAUAACAAUCAAAGUUUACAUUUUUGUGCUGUAUACUGUGAUUCAGUAACUCAGCAUCAAAAAUUUAUAUUAACUGGUAAAAUGUGACUAUGAAAAGAAUAAUGUGACCAAAAUAAAUGGUUGUACAUGUAAUUUUUCAGUGAGAAGAAAGAAAAUAUAAGUAAUGGAAGCAAUAAAGCGAGUA